GAAGAGCAGCAUGAUGGGAUAUGAGAGUCCUCCGGCGGCGCGCUGCCGCCAUGUCACCUAGAGAGAAACGUUUAACGUUAGCGAUUAUCCUAGCUCUAGGCGCGGUUAGUCUCGCGCUUUGUUUUAUUCCUACAUUUCUUUUUGUGUGUUUUCUUCUUGCAUUGUGUUGCAUUGUGUGUUGCUAUCUCAGCGGACAACUACUUCCCGCCAGGCUAGGCCUCGAUCCCCGAGCUGGGGUUAACCUACCAUCCGGGCUCCGGCGGUGGAUGUGGGGUUGGUGGGGGACCGGCGUGUCGGUCGCCUCGCGGGGGAGAACCAAGAGCGGCAGAAACAAAACCGAGCUCCGGGACGCGGAGGGAAACUUUAGAGAACGGCUCGUUGAAACUGGGAUUUAUCGGAGGGAAUCCUUGGCAAGUGACUCUUUUCUUUUCAGCCCUCGGGAUUUCCUCAUGGGGAGUUACAUCGGAAAACCCGAAGGUCCACCCGCCGACUCAGUGAGGCCGAGAGCGGGUAGAAACCCCCGAGAGCAGCUGCGGGAAAAACUGUCCCGACCCAACCAUGCUGUGUACACCCCGAACAGGAGGCUUUCAUUUGCAGGGGAGCCGCUGGGCACACCGGGCAGAUUCACCAUCACCCCCCAGCGCCACUAUCCCCUGCAGCAGCCAGGUGUCUCCUCAGUGGGAGUCCUGCCUCCCGUCAAGUGGGAUGGCUUCAGGAAGAAGAACAUCCUCAGCCCCCGUAACUCGCCGGCCGCCCUCAGCCCCGUUACGGUGAAGAUCGCCCGGCCGGACCACCACAGCUCCCCCAGUUUAAACCAUCUGAGUUGUGCAGGGCUCCCCAGGGCCCCAGUGGACCCCUGCUCCAGAGAAAGCGUGCUCAAGGUGCUGAAGGAAAGCCGCAAGAGAGAAGUGGAAGAUGAGGACAAAAGCUUCACAACUGAGCAGAAAAGCAAAAGAAGGCGUAAUGACAGCGGUGGAAGUACACAUUCUGCUUUUGAGACGCUUCUGCCCAACGGGGCACCGUCACAGCUGGUCCCUAAGCCAGGUAACCUGAAAAGAGGGGUACCCUCCCUUGCGGAAGACUCCAUCAUGAAGAGGUCUCGCACGUCCUCCAUCAGCUCUGGCAGUGGGGUGCACGCCCCAAGAGGAACCCCCGGCACAAGGAGGAACCCUAUCCAGAGCUCCUACAGUUCUUCCCUAGGCCUCAGCCAGCGGAAGAAGCGGUCGGCACCCAGCUCCCCGCUGUCCAGCCCGGGAUCGUCCCGCCCGCAGACUCCAGAGGGAGUUUCAAAGAGACCCAGAGAGGACAGCGGGCCGUCUCCGGGUGCAGCGUCCUCGGUGAGGUCAGACCAGACGGCCUCAAACAAGGCACCUGUGACUUCCAAACUGACUCCGGUACCCAAGGUCCCAUUCACUACCUCAGCUGACUCUACUGGGAGCGGUGGAAAGAGGAAACGGAAGAUCCAGCUGGUGUCCAGCAACCGGGAUGACCAUAUAUCUCUGCCCCCGCCUCCGGAGCUGGGCUACACCAUCACUGUGAAAGACCUGGAUGAAGAGAAGAAAGCUGCCCUCAGCAAGAUCCAGAAGGUCCUGGAGACACCCGCUUCUGAGCCAGAGAAGUCUGCCUCCCCACCGGCAGCCACCCUUACCUCCCAGCUGGGGACCUCAUACAACACCACCACCACCACCCUUAGCAGCCUGCUGGCAGCUCCGCUGCCCACAGCCUCCAGCUCUGCCAUCCCAGUCAUCAACCUGGACCCCAGCCCGAUCAGCAGCGCCAGCACGACCACCGCGGCCUCCAACCCGCUGCUGGAGGCCCUGAAGAUGAAGAUCAGUAUUCCGUCUAGCUCUACGUCUGCUGCCAACACUGCUACAGUGUCUGCAACAACCACUCCGGUGCUUUCCGGGGGCUUAACCCUGAAGGUUUCUACGCCGUCAGCGACCCCGCAGCGCCCUGCGGCCUCCCAGUCCUCUUCUGCCUUCGCUCUCGUGCUGGGUCAGGUCUCCAAGGCUUCGGGCGGCGCGCUGCCUGUGACCGGAUCAAACCUAUUUGGAUUAGCCAGUCCGAUCAGCACCCCUGCUGGGUCUUCACCUUCCUACCCGCCCAGCGCUGCUGUGGCCGCUCCAGCCGGUAGCUUGGCGUCCGUCAGCAGUGCCAACCCUCUGCUGGCUUCAGGGUUCAAGCCAAUUUUUUCUGUCACCGCCGCAAAUGCCACCACCACCUCGGCAGCUACGUCAGCCACUGAGAGCAAACCUCCCGCCGGUAAUUUUACGCCCAUCUUUGGCGCUGCCACUGCGGGCGCCGGCUUUGGACAGCCUCCCCCCUACAGCACCACGAACCCGGCUUCUACGGUGUCUUUGAGUAGUGUGUCCUCGAUGUUUGGCUCAACAAGCAGCACCGUCGUUACAUCAUCUGGUUUCCCCGGCAUGACCAGUCUCCCCACUUCCGCAGCCACCACUGGCUCCAUCACCGCCACACAGCCCACAGCCCAGCCAGCCGUGAAAUCCCUCUUCGGCAACUGGUCAGCACCAUCCACGACGAGCACCAGCUCAGCCUCGGCGCAGUCCUCCAAUACUGGGAGCCCGUUCCAGUUUGGAGCCGCUACCACAACGGCUGCGGCCGCCCCCGCUGCUGCCGCUACCACGACCUCCAGCAAUAGCGGCUUCUCUUUCGGUGCCGCACAGCAAGACCCACAAGCAGCCAACCAGAAGGUGUUUCCCUUUGCCCAUUCAGCGCCCGGCCAGAACACCACCACUGCUUCAUUUGGAGGUUUCGCCAUGGCCAGCGCGGCCUCCACCACCACCGCCGCCGCCAGCCAGUCCAACUUCACCUUUGGAAAGCCGUCGCUUCAAGCACCUCAGGCUACACCGGCAUCCUUCGGCUCCUCAGCGGCUCCGGCCACGCAGGCGACCUUCGGCUCCUCAGCGGCUCCCGCCACGCAGGCGACCUUCGGCUCCUCAGCGGCUCCGGCCACGCAGGCGACCUUCGGCUCCUCAGCGGCUCCGGCCACGCAGGCGACCUUCGGCUCCUCAGCGGCUCCCGCCACGCAGGCGACCUUCGGCUCCUCAGCGGCUCCCGCCACGCAGGUGACCUUCGGCUCCUCAGCGGCUCCGGCCACGCAGGCGACCUUCGGCUCCUCAGCGGCUCCGGCCACGCAGGUGACCUUCGGCUCCUCAGCGGCUCCGGCCACGCAGGCGACCUUCGGCUCCUCAGCGGCUCCGGCCACGCAGGUGACCUUCGGCUCCACGGCUCCGGCCACGCAGGUGACCUUCGGCUCCACAGCGCCGUCCACCUUCGGCUCUGUGACGGCAGCACCAAAACAGUUCUCCUUCGGAGGCAGCGGGCCAGCCUCAUCCACACCCGCUCCCAACACCGCCCCGCCUCCUUUCCCUUUCGGGUCUGCCGCUGUCCCCACAACUAAACCGGCGUUUGGAGCCAGCUCCGCUGGUUUCGCUUUUGGUGUCACCACGGCUCCCUCGGCCGCAGCUUCUGCUCCGCCGAGUUUCGGUGCAACAAGCCAGACUCAGAGCGCCCCCUCGGCCACCUUCGCAUUCGGCCGUGCUGCUCCUCAGCAGGCACCCGCCGGCGCCGCCCAGCCAGCUCCCGGCGGGUUUAACUUUGGUGCUGCUAUGCCGUGCCCCCAGUUUGGAACCCCGGUCUCCAAUAAUCCUGCACCACAGAUGGGAAGCUUCAACUUUGGGGCUGCUGCUACAGACAAACCAGCUUUUGGGACGUCUACCCCAUCCUUCGGCCAGAGUGCUGUUUCUGCUGCAGGUCCAAUUCCCUUUGGCAGCCCUGCAACUCCAGUCCAAAACUUCAACGCUGGUCCUUUUGGUUCCCCGGCGGCUCCCUCCUUCUCUAUUGGAGCGGGAUCGAAGCCAUCCGGAGCUCGCCAGAGGCUGCAGGCGCGGAGGCAACACAACAGGAAGAAGUAGCCCGCUCGCUGCAUGCGGCUUUCAGAGGACUUCAGCCGCCGCGGUUAAUCUGGCUCGCAUUGCUCUGUUCUUAAGGCCCAACUUCCCCCGGGCUACCAGGCCGACACCGUGCCCUCUGCUUCCUUCCCCCUCCCUCCCGGUCGGGUGUGCUGGCCUAAAAGGUUGGCUGAGGAGUUAGGAUGAGCACACGCGGGGGGGGUUGAAUUGAUGCUGCCUGGGUGACCUCGUGACCCAGAGAGGGAACGUAGCCGUGAGGAGACCGGAUCCAUGACGAUGUACUAUACUUGAAGGGGAGAAAAGACAACUCAAUAGUUUAAUUUUGAACAAAAGCAUAUCCAAAGUUCUUUUUUUCUUUGUAGUUUGUUUGUCUUAAGGAGAAUGUAUAGACAUGGAAAUUGUGGCUGACAUUUAUUUUUUUACGUGAAACACUCACUGGUUUGUAUAUUACAGAAUAUUUUGAGUGCAUUAUCUGAACGAGUCUGAAUGGUGUGACAUGGACAGUUGGUUCAGAUAAGGUACAGAACACUGCAGUGUGAAGUUGAGAAAUUUGCAUUUUAAAUUAUUUUUUUAAUUGGCUCUCUGACCCUGUAAGUGAAUGAUGUUCCUGCACUUAAAGGGCGACUUUGUUAAUGUCUUAAUAGUUAGCGCAGACUUGUGUGUUUUUUUUCUUCUUCUCUGUACUCAUUACAAGCAUUCCCAGAGUCCUCACAGAUGGCCUUGUGUGUUUUUUCUUUUUUUUUUAAUAUAUAUAUUAGUGGUUGCCAACACUGAUUUAAUUAGCAGGUCAGUAUGUGAUAAGGAUCACUACUCUUAACUUGUGCUGACUAAACCAAAGCCAAUAGUUCCACUUCACGUUUGUGAAAAGAAUCUGUGAUCUUUAUCUCCCCUUUUAAUCCUUGAGAUGUUUGUUUGUGCCAGACUACCUCUCUUUACUCCAGGCGCUGAAUCUGAGUUACUUCACUGAAAAAUAAGUCUGACAUGAUCAGCUUAAUCCAAUUAGAUUUUAACUCAACUGCUGUUAAUACAGAUGUACCUUUAAUAAAUAUACUGAGUUUUUUUUUUUUUUUUUUUAAACGGCCGUCACACACAUUAGCCUCACUCCUGGAAUAUUUAAAGAAUAAAGUUAUUACUAAAUCUAGCAAAAAAAUAGUCUGUUCAUGGUGGAAAUUCUUACUAAGAUAGAUUUUUCAGUUUUGUAGUCAUGUCUUUCAUUUGCACCAUGAGUUAAAGGAUGUUGUCGGCAGUCAGUUAUUUUAUCAAAAUGAUUUGUUCUUAAUCACCUUGUAGAAAGUGAGCAGUAUCUGAUGCAGUUUUUUGAUGGUGAAUUUUGAAUUAAUAAACAUUUGGACAUGAAUGUUCCAACUACAAAACA